AUGAGUGAUCGAGACGCGGGGGUUCCAAUCACCGCUGCUCUAAUCUGUGGAAUUUCUCUUUGCAGGAUGUGGCGCUUGACGGCGACGCUGCUGCUGCUGGCUCUGGCCACGGCCGAACCCCAGGGAGGUUACUUGCCUCCGCCGCCAACGAACCCCACCUGUCCUGUAUUCACCUCAGUGGUCUACGACGCUCAGAUUCAGACCUCUGUCAACGUCCAGGUUGUCAACCAGGCCAAUACCCAGUAUAUUACCACUACAGUAGUUAGCCAACAGAUCAUACCGACUACCUUCAUCAGAACUCGAUACUUCACAAAUACUCAGUUCCAGACAAGUAUUAUCCAACAGACAACCACAGUUUUCGACAACAGGGUUGCGACACAAACCAUUCCGGGUCAGGCAGUCCAGCAGACACGCUACGUCACAUCCACUCGCGUCGUCCCCCAAGUCAGCUACGUCACGCAGACAGUGACGCAGACUCAGGUGGUGCCGGUAGAAGUCACACGCACGCAAGUACAGACCAUCAACAGACCCUUCACAGAGCUUCUGACGCAGACGACCCGCGAAACCCGUCUCGUCACGGUACCAGGACGCGACGUGAUCCGAACCCGCGUCCAAACCCGCCUGAUGACCUCCGUUAUCAGGCAGCAGCAGCAGGGCAAUACUCGCUACGUCACCUCGACCCGCAUCCAGCAGGAGGUGCAGACCCGCUUCGUCCCGGGCCAGAAUGUGGUGAGCACCACGGUGGUGCGCCGCGAGCAGGUCAUCCCGUACACAGACGUGACCACGCGCUUCUCCAACGCCGUCGUCACCCGAGAGCAGGUCAUCACGCGAACCAACUACGACACGCAGACCCGCGUCCAGACACAGGUGGUGCCUCAGGAGGUCGUUCGCACCCAGGUGGUCCCGACCACCAUCUUCACCACACGCUUCGAAACCCGAUUCCAGCCGUUCACGCAGGUGCAGACGGUGACGAGCACCGCCUUCAGAACAGGUCCCGCGGUGGUGCAGACCCGCGAGCAGACCCAGACGUCCGUGGUUCAGGCUCCGGGUCAGGACCGGGUCAUUACCAGCGAGGUCGUCCAGACUUCGGUGCGACAGCAGGUCAUAUUCCAGACGGUCGGUAACGCGCAGCAGGUGACUGUCACAAGAACGGUGACCGCUUCCUGUGGCCAGGCUGGAGGUGGGGUUGGUGGAUCAGGUGGAGGUGGAUUCGGUGGAGUAGGUGGAUCAAGCGGCAGUGGAUUCGGUGGAGCAGGUGGAAGUGGAUUCGGUGGAGCAGGUGGAAGCGGAUUUGGUGGAUCAAGCGGAAGUGGAUUCGGUGGAGCAGGUGGAAGUGGAUUUGGUGGUGUUGGUGGAUCAGGAGGAUUUGGUGGAGUUGGUGGGAGCGGUUUUGGUGGAUCAAGCGGAGGUGGAUUUGGUGGAUCAAGUGGAAGCGGAUUUGGUGGAUCAAGUGGAAGUGGAUUUGUUGGAGUAGGUGGAAGCGGUUUUGGUGGAUCAAGCGGAAGUGGAUUUGGUGGAUCAAGCGGAAGCGGAUUUGGUGGAGUAGGUGGAAGCGGUUUUGGUGGAUCCAGCGGAAGUGGAUUUGGUGGAAGCGGAGUUGGUGGAGUAGGUGGAAGUGGAUAUGGCGGGGUUGGCGGGUCAGGCGGAAGUGGAUUUAGUGGUGUAGGUGGAUCUGGUGGAAGCGGUUUUGGUGGAGUAGGUGGAAGUGGAUUUGGUGGUCUAGGAGGAGGAGGAGGAGGAGGUGGAUCUUUUGGCGGCCAAGGCGGAUACAGUUACAACUACCCGAGGAACCCCCUGCCCAUUGGAUAA